AAUCAUACCCGUUUCUUUUGCAAUUGAACAACAGAUAUGGAGGAGCGCCGAAGAUUCACCACUGCGUAUUUGGCAUCUUCGGGAAAUGAACACAGUGACGCGGAAGUGGAGCAGCUACUCGUCAACGUCGAGAAAUACACGCUUGCCAAUCAUAUGUUUUGGGGCUUAUGGGGAAUCAUCUCGGGUCAUGUAAACAAGAUAGAGUUCAACUACUUGGAGUAUGCGCGGCAGAGGAUUCAACAAUACUGGUUAACUAAGCCCUUGCUGCUGGGUUAUUCACAAAUCCAACCAUAGAUUUGUUUAGUUUACGUUCUACUGUAAACCUACACCGUUAUCGCUAUGUUACUUGGACUCGUGUGUUAAAGUUUAAUCUACUUGCCCAAUUCUUUUCGCUCUUUUAUAUAUAUACACAC